ACAUGCUACAGACUUUGCCACUGAAAAUCUUUGCUCGGAAAGUAUCAAAAACAAACUCAGCAUUACUACCAUAGGCAACCUUACUGAAUUACAAACUGAUAAGCACACAGAGAACCAGAGUGGAUAUGAAGGUGUCACUAUUGAACCUGGAGCUGAUCUUUUGUAUGAUGUACCUUCCUCACAGGCUAUAUACUUUGAAAAUUUGCAGAACUCUUCAAAUGAUUUGGGUGAUCAUUCUGUGAAAGAAAGGGAUUGGAAGUCAUCCUCUCACAACACUGUGAAUGAGGAACUGCCCCAUAAUUGCAUAGAGCAACCCCAGCAAAAUGAUGAGUCCUCUUCCAAAGUCAGAACUAGUUCAGACAUGAAUAGGAGAAAAAGUAUUAAAGAUCAUCUAAAAAGUGCCAUGACUGGAAAUGCCAAGGCCCAGACACCAAUAUUUUCUAGAAGUAAACAGCUCAAAGACACUAUCCUAUCUGAGGAAAUUAAUGUUGCUAAGAAAACAAUUGAGUCAUCAUCAAAUGACCUUGGUCCUUUUUAUUCAUUACCCAGCAAAGUGAGAGACCUUUAUGCCCAAUUCAAGGGAAUUGAAAAAUUAUAUGGUAUGCUUUUUGCUGGAAUAAAAAAAUUUUUUUCCUAUCAUUACCAUAAUAUUAGUGCAAGUAAAUAGAAGCAAAUGCUUUCAUGUUCCAUACUAUUUCUCAUUUUGAAAACAAAAUAUCAGUGAUCUCUCAGCCCCUUCCAUUCCUACCUGUCCUGCUACCACUGAACCUCUUUCCUUCCCUCACAGUCACACUUAUCAAACCAGUUAUCCUUUCUGUCUGUUUCCUUACCUGACAUAAUUCCUCUAAUUCCUCAUCUAUAAGAAAGGGAUAAUAAGUUGUUAGCAAGUCAGAUUCUGGUUCAAAGACAUGCCAAAUUCAAUGUUGGUAAUGAUUUUCAAUAAUUACAUUGGUAGCUUCUAAGUAAGAACUUUAGUAAAUUACCCCACUCUAAUUCUGGGUUCUGUGCUCUCAUUCUCUCACUUAAAAUCUGAUGACUGAGACAUCUAAACACAGUGUUACUUUUAAUGUUUACCUUGCCUGACUUCUCAAUAACUUACCUGAUGCUAUUGACUACACCCUUCUUGAAAUUCUUGUUUCUGGAUGUCCUUACAACCACUCCUGUUUUUUGACCCCGAUUGUCUGGUAGAGAUCCUCAGCUUUCUUAGCUUGUAUUUCUUUGGCUGGCUCUGUCUUCUCUACCAAAACCCAGCUGUUGUGGUAUGUCUUUGACACUCAUAUGUCUUGAGUGAAAGAAGUCAGUUAUUAGUAAUACUGUUGAUUAAACCAAACAUCUUUCACCCCACACCAGCAGCCGCAGCCACCUCUCCCCACGGGCACAUCCCUGCCACCACCCAGAUGCUCUGCCUUGUGCUGCCUUUCCCAAAGCUAGACAUCUUUAAAGACAGCUACAAUUAAGUUUUAAGUCAGGGAUGUCCAAUCUUUUGGCUUCCUUGGGCCACUUUGGAAAAAGUAUUGUCUUGAGCCACAAUAAAAUACAGUAACACGAUAGCUGAUGAGCCAAGAAAAAAAAUUGCAAAAAAAAAUCUCAUAAUGUUUUAAGAAAGUUUACAAAUUUGUGUUGGGCCGCAUUCAAAGCCAUUCUGGGCCUCAUGAGGGCCGUGGGUUGGACAAACUUGUUUUAAGUGCAAAGAAGCAAUAAUAUUAAGAAGGUAUCUUGUAAUGUUUUUCAAAAAUCCAGGGUCCUUGCAUAUAUUUCAGAUAUGUGUCAUUUUAGACCAAGAAGGGACAGUUGCUGCCAUACUGGAGGGUCAGCCCCAUCAACCUUCCACUUUGUAAGUUUUCUGGAACUCCUAUUAGGAUCUUAUGAAUGAUAUGAAAACUUGGGUUCUUACAGAGAAGACAAUCAGGUUGGAGAAGCAGAACUACAGGAAACAAAGUCUAAUAAAAGACUACAAGAAUCUAAAUUGUGAGGUUCAUGGCUUAAGAGCUAAUGAAUGGCAACAUACUUGUUUAACAUUGAAUUCUGUGCAAGAAAGAAAAAAUUUAAUAUAUUCCUUGCCAACAAGUGGUGGAAAAACCCUCGUGGCUGAGAUUUUAAUGCUGCAAGAACUGCUUUGCUGUCGGAAAGAUGUUUUAAUGAUUCUUCCAUAUGUGGCAAUUGUCCAAGAAAAGAUUUCAGGUUUGUCAAGUUUUGGUAUAGAACUCGGUUUCUUUGUUGAAGAAUAUGCUGGAAGCAAAGGAAGAUUUCCUCCAACUAAAAGAAGGGAAAAGAAAUCACUCUAUAUUGCCACUAUUGAAAAAGGACAUAGCUUGGUGAACUCCUUGAUUGAAACUGGAAGAAUUGACAGUCUGGGUCUGGUUGUUGUAGACGAGUUGCACAUGAUUGGUGAAGGAAGCCGUGGAGCUACACUGGAAAUGACCCUAGCAAAAAUCCUCUACACUAGCAAAACGACUCAAAUUAUUGGUAUGAGUGCAACAUUAAACAAUGUUGAAGACCUACAAAAGUUUCUUCAAGCAGAAUAUUAUACCAGUCAAUUUAGACCAGUUGAGUUAAAAGAAUAUCUGAAAAUAAAUGAUACAAUAUAUGAAGUUGACAGCAAAGCUGAGAAUGGCAUGACUUUUUCACGUCUCCUUAAUUAUAAGUAUUCUGAUACCCUAAAAAAGAUGGAUCCUGAUCACUUGGUAGCAUUGGUGACAGAAGUUAUUCCCAAUUAUUCCUGCUUAGUUUUUUGUCCUAGUAAGAAGAACUGUGAAAAUGUAGCAGAAAUGAUAUGCAAAUUUUUAAGCAAGGAAUAUCUGAAACACAAGGAGAAAGAAAAAUGUGAGGUGAUUAAGAACUUGAAGAAUAUUGGCAAUGGCAACCUGUGUCCUGUUUUAAAGCGCACUAUCCCGUUUGGAGUUGCCUAUCACCAUAGUGGCUUAACAAGUGAUGAAAGGAAACUCUUGGAGGAGGCCUACUCCACAGGAGUGCUCUGUCUUUUUACCUGCACAUCUACCCUAGCGGCAGGUGUCAACCUACCAGCUCGAAGAGUUAUUAUAAGAGCUCCCUAUGUUGCUAAGGAAUUUUUAAAGAGGAAUCAAUAUAAACAGAUGAUUGGCAGAGCUGGUCGUGCUGGAAUAGAUACUAUUGGGGAGAGUAUCCUCAUAUUGCAAGAAAAAGACAAACAACAGGUAUUGGAGUUAAUAACUAAACCAUUGGAAAACUGUUACAGCCAUCUUGUUCAGGAAUUCACCAAGGGAAUCCAAACAUUAUUUCUCUCUUUGAUUGGUUUGAAGAUUGCAACGAAUCUUGAUGAUAUCUAUCACUUCAUGAAUGGUACAUUUUUUGGUGUUCAGCAAAAGAUUUUAUUGAAAGAAAAAAGUCUCUGGGAAAUAACUGUUGAAUCACUUAGAUACCUGACAGAAAAAGGACUCCUGCAAAAAGACACUAUUUAUAAGUCUGAAGAAGAGGUCCAAUAUAAUUUUCAUAUUACAAAGUUGGGACGUGCUUCAUUUAAGGGAACUAUAGAUUUAGCUUAUUGUGACAUUCUGUACAGAGACUUGAAGAAAGGUCUUGAAGGACUUGUGCUUGAAAGCCUUCUUCAUCUAAUCUACCUAACAACCCCCUAUGAUCUGGUUUCACAGUGUAACCCUGAUUGGAUGAUAUACUUCAGGCAGUUCAGCCAACUCAGUCCAGCAGAACAAAAUGUAGCUGCCAUUCUUGGAGUCUCUGAAAGCUUUAUUGGGAAGAAAGCAUCAGGCCAAGCCAUCGGAAAGAAGGUGGACAAGGACGUUGUCAACAGGCUAUAUCUGUCUUUUGUUCUUUAUACCUUGCUCAAAGAGACCAACAUUUGGACUGUAUCUGAAAAAUUUAAUAUGCCUCGAGGAUAUAUACAAAAUCUUCUCACUGGAACUGCCUCAUUCUCAUCUUGUGUGUUACAUUUCUGUGAGGAGCUUGAGGAGUUUUGGGUUUACAGAGCCCUUUUGGUAGAACUUACCAAGAAGCUGACUUACUGUGUAAAGGCAGAAUUAAUCCCUCUCAUGGAAGUUACUGGAGUUUUAGAGGGUCGAGCAAAACAGUUAUACAGUGCAGGUUACAAAAGUCUAAUGCACUUAGCUAAUGCAAAUCCUGAAGUGCUCGUAAGGACAAUUGAUCAUUUAUCAAGACGCCAAGCCAAGCAAAUUGUUUCAUCAGCAAAGAUGCUGUUGCAUGAAAAAGCAGAGGCCCUGCAAGAAGAGGUAGAAGAGCUACUAAGAUUGCCUUCUGAUUUCCCUGGUGCUGUGGCUUCUUCCACUGACAAAGCAUGAAGCUAUCUGAUGAGCAUUUUCAUAUAUGAAUUAUUUAUUGUACAUGUGUGUUAUUAAAGAUAACUUAUACUUUAUAAAUGAAAAAA